GUGAGACCAAGGGCGAUGACUCAGCCGAAUCGUCCGAAUCGUCCGAUUGGGCCGCAGUUCCGCUGAGUAAAUUUAUUCCUGGGACCGCCUUAGAUGAUGUUGUGGAUGCGCGUUCGUGUCAGCAGCAAUGGACAAGCUUUAAAAAGCAGUUGAUGGCUGUGGCUAGUAACGAGGUGCAUCGAGUUUAG